GUGUGGAACCAAAGGAAUUCUUUUCGUUUCUUUCUUCUUCCCCAUCUAAUCUCCCAUGAUCUUUCUCCCCAAAAGAUUUGAUUUCAAUGUUUAGAAUCCCUCGCUCAUCCGUUCCUCUCAUUAUUCCGAUCUAAUUCUCUCUUGGGGGUUCUCUUCAAAUCCCUGUCAUUGAUCUAGGAUCUGUAAGGGCGUGCCCUAAUUUGGCGAGAGAUGGUUUUCAUCUAUGAGCUUGGAAAUGGGUUGAUUCGAUUCUAGAUUCUGAUCUGUUAUAUUUGAAAGGCGAGAAAUCGGGGCUCUGGGAUUUGUUUAUCGUUUUGUUAUGACAAGCAAUGUGUUGGUGAUUCAUAACGAAACGUUCGAUUCGCAGAAAAGUGAUGGGUAUAUACCUAAGUUCUCCGAAAACGGAAAAGUUUUCAGAAGAUGGUGAGAAUGAUAAGCUCAGGUAUGGUCUAUCAUCUAUGCAGGGUUGGCGUGCCACCAUGGAAGACGCUCAUGCAGCGAUACUGGAUACAGACGAAAGCACUUCGUUCUUCGGUGUGUAUGAUGGCCAUGGAGGCAAAGUUGUUGCAAAGUUCUGUGCAAAGUAUCUACAUCAGCAGGUUCUCAGUAAUGAAGCAUAUGCAGUUGGUGACAUAAGAACAUCUCUACAAAGAGCUUUUUUCAGAAUGGAUGAGAUGAUGCAAGGACAAAGAGGAUGGAGAGAGUUAGCAAUACUCGGAGACAAACUAAAUAAGUUCACCGGCAUGGUAGAAGGAUUGAUAUGGUCUCCCAGAAGCAGAGACCAUAAUAACCACCACGAUGACUGGCCUUCUGAGGAUGGUCCUCAUUCUGAUUUCCCUGGACCCACUUCUGGGUGCACAGCAUGUGUAGCUGUUAUUAGACACAACCAUCUCUUUGUUGCAAAUGCCGGUGACUCGCGUUGUGUGAUAUCCCGAAAGGGUCAGGCUUACAAUCUUUCUACAGAUCACAAACCUGAUCUGGAAGCUGAAAAGAAAAGGAUAUUGAAAGCCGGUGGGUUUAUUCAUGCUGGACGAGUCAAUGGAAGCUUGAAUCUGGCAAGAGCUAUUGGUGACAUGGAAUUCAAGCAGAAUAAGUUUUUACCAGCCGAAGAGCAAAUCGUUUCUGCCAAUCCAGAUAUUAAUACUGUCGAACUCUGUGAUGACGAUGAUUUUCUUAUUCUUGCCUGUGAUGGAAUCUGGGACUGCAUGUCAAGCCAGCAACUAGUGGAUUUUAUACAUGAACAGCUAAAUUCGGAAACGAAGCUAUCGGUGGUGUGUGAAAGGGUACUCGAUAGAUGUCUGGCUCCGAGUACAGCCGGUGGCGAGGGUUGUGAUAACAUGACCAUGAUCCUGGUUCAGUUCAAGAAACCGAUCCAGCAAUCAUCAAAGACAGAACAAGAACAAGAACCAAAACCUGAAGAGCCAGUUGAAGCUGAAACGAGCCAGGAUGAGCCGAGCUCGUCGAACUAGCCAGCCUUCCCAUAAGCCAGAAGAAGAUUCGAGUGGCUCGUAUCGAUAACAACAGGCUGCUUUACCAUUGUAAAUGACUUCGUGGGGGAUUUCAGAUUUCAGUUUCUCUACGUCUGGAUCAUGUUUUUCACUGGUGGUUAUGACAACGUGAAACAACUUUGUGUAGUUUAUUCGGAUUAUUGUGAAUCGUGUUGUUUGAGGAA